AUGAUCAGCGGUAGUGGAGGAGGAGGAGGUGGCGGGGUAGGCGUCAUAGGCGGGAGCAGUGGUAGUGGCGGCGGCGGCAGCGGGGGGAGCAACAACAUUAGCGGCAGUGUGGUAAGCGCUACACGUCUCAGCCGUGCUCAGCAGCACCACCACCAACAACAGCAGAGCAGCGGCUCGAGCGGCUUGGCCGCCAUAGCUGCAGCUGCCACUGGUGCCCAACCGAUCGCCACCAGCAGCGGUACACAUCGCACACGCAUACUGCGUGGCCAUGCAGCACAAACAACCACCGGUGAGCGAGUGUUGCUUAUCAACUAUGUGUCGCCUAGCGCAUCGGCUGCUACAUCACCCAACACCCAGACGCACACGAUCAGCACAGUCGCGACGAGCGGUGGUGCUGGCACUACAACAACAACGCGCAAAAUCCUCCAUGCCAGAGCGGCGGCAGCGACGCACGCGAACGUCAGCACCGCCACACCCGUCUCGUUUGCUGGCCUCGGUUCUGAGGUGACGGUGACGCUGACGCGUUCUGGUAAAUCGACCGCCGGUCAUAUUGUACGUAAUCAUAGUAUUGCCACUGAGACGACAGACCAACAGCAACAACAGCAUCACCAUCAUGUGAGCAGCAGUUCGCCGCCGCCGCUGGUAUUCACGACGACGGCGCAUAGCGAUUUGCAUCAUCACCAGCAGCAGCACGAAAUAGUUGAACAGCAAACACAUCAGCACCAUCAGUUGUUAACGCAUCGGCAAUUGCAGCAGCAGCAGACAGCAACGACGGUGCUGGAUCCUUUAGAUUUAGAAGAUCAGGAUGAAUAUCAGCAACAGCAACAACAACAUCAGCAAAUUGUCAUUGAGCAUCACGGUGGCAGCGCGCAGACACAGCAGCAGACAAAUGAAGAAGAGAUGCUUGAGUAUGACGACGAAGAGGAGGUGGAAGAGCAUCACUUGCAGCAAUUGCAAGAGGUGCAGGAGCAGCAAGAAUGCGAUGGCGAUCAAGUGGAGGAAGUGUAUCUCAACUGA